CCGUUCAUUGUGAAUGGCAAAGCCAUAUGUUUCGCAAAACGUGGAUUUCAUUUGGCGAGAACUUUUUGAAACUGGAAUUUUGAAUUAAAAUGGGCAAGGAUCGCGGCAGGGGCAGAGGACGCAGGAACUUUCAUUCCGGGCCGUACAACAAGAGCAACUGGCGUGGCCAGAAGAGGGAUCGCCCCCAAAACAAUGGAGGAGGGCAGCGCAACAGAACUACGCCACAGCAGAAAUCCACUUUGCGGGAGAACCAAGUGGGCAUCACAGAGUUCACAAAUCCGGAUGCUCCCGGUUUCACGGGAAUUCUGAAAUCCCGCUUUUCCGAUUUUCAUGUCAACGAGAUUGAUAGCUCCGGAAAAGUCCUGGAGUUGAAUGAUCUAAGUGUUCCAAAGGUGGCCAUCGUAGCUGUUGCCGAAAAGGAGCUGGACAACUGGCGGCAGGAACUGGAGGCAGUGAUUGGUCCCGAUGUUUGGCAAGACAUAGCCAAUCUGGCCGAGGCCAAAAACGAUCCUAAGAUCGAGCAGAAGGUGGAAAUUGAUGUGACCACGCUGGACAAGGAGCAGCGAACACAAGUGCAUCAGCUGAUCAAGCAGCUUUACAAGGGAAAACUGCUGUCCACCACCAUUGGACAGCAACAGGUUAAGCCAAAGGCAACAGAGGACCCUUCCUUGGAGGAGAAGGAUCUUGCUGAGGCUGAAACAGCAGCUCAGGAGGAUCCUCAAGUGCCGGCAGAGGAUAAGAAGACUAUAAGGAUAAUCAAACCAAAGCCAGGACGCGGCGACAAUCGCUGGAGCUUUCCCGCCGAUUAUGUGACCUUCCUGGUGCACAAAACCAAUUUGGUUACCAGUGAUGUGGCCUCAACUCUCGCAGCGCGAUUAAACUUGCGACCCUCGCAGGUGAACUACAGCGGCAUCAAGGACAAGCGAGCCAAGACCACUCAGAAUUUCUGCAUCAAGCGCCGUACGCCAGAGAGCAUUUUGAAUGCAUCUCGCUGCCUGCGGAAUGUGCAGAUUGGUAACUUUGCCUUCCAGUCCAAUACCCUCAAGUUGGGCGAUCUUCAGGGCAACCGUUUCCGCAUCGCCCUGCGGCACAUAGCCAAGGAUAAACGGGGCGAGAUAGAGCUGGCACUGGAAUCUCUGCGGGAGCGGGGUUUCAUCAAUUACUAUGGCCUUCAGCGGUUCGGCAACAGUGCCAGCGUGCCCACCCACGAAGUGGGCGUGGCCCUGCUCAAGAGCGAUUACAAACUGGCCUGCGAACUGAUCCUGAAGCCACGCGACUCGGACGUGGACUUUAUGCGUCCCAUACGCGAAGAGUGGUGGACAAAUCGCGACUCGGCGGCGGCAGCUGCGAAAAUCUACGGCGACAAGUUCAUCGAGAAGAAGCUGCUGGACGGUUUGGCCCGGUUUGGGGAAUCGGAUUACUCUUCAGCUCUGCGGCAGAUACCACGCAACAUGCUUAUGCUCUAUCCGCAUGCCUACCAGAGUCUGAUCUUCAACAGGAUUGCCUCUAGGAGGAUCAAGGAGUUUGGCCUGAAACUGAUACCCGGCGAUUUGGUUUAUGUGGAGCAGGAGCAGGCGGAGCAGGAGCAGGAGCCGCAGCCGGAGGAAUCGGAGGAGCCAAAGGAAGCGGAUAAUAUUGAAGAUCAUCCAGAGGAAGAAGCCAUCGAGGAGGAGUCUGUUUUCAAGCGAAAGGUUCGCCCGCUUACCGCAGAAGACAUCGCCAGCGGCAACUUUAAGCUCUCCGACGUGGUUCUCCCGCUGCCGGGACACGACAUCACCUAUCCGAGCAACGAAUGCGGCGUUUGGUACGAUGAAAUGCUGGCAGAAGUGGGUCUCUCCUCGGAUCAACUGAAGCACAAGGAGAAGACCUACGCUUUGGCCGGGGCCUACCGCAAAAUGAUCAUUUCGUCCAGUGAUCUCAAGUGGAACUUUAGGUUGUACAACACGCCGGAGGACACGCUGAUUGCCUCCGACUGGGAGCUGUUGAAGAACAUUCCAGUUACGCCAGAGCCUGCAGAGGCUGAAGCCAAAUUCCUGGCUCUAUUGCUGGAAUUCUCGCUGCCCACGGCCGCCUAUGCCACCAUGUUUCUGCGGGAACUCCUGAAGCAGGAUACCUCGUCAGCCUCGCAAACGCAGUUGGAAAAAGAGGCCAUGUCUAGGGAGGAAAGCGGAAAGGAGGAGGAAGCAAUGGAGGCAGCCGAAGAGGAGGAGGCUAAGGAGCAGGCCAACUGA